AUGGCUAGACGCUCCAGACGAAUAGACUCAACGGAUGAAGAGUCUGAGCCCGAAUUUGAAGAAACAGCAACAACUCCAAGAAGAAACAACAAGAGCAUUUCGUAUAAUGAAGACGGAGACAAAGAUGUCGCGGAUUUCCAAGAACAAGAAAGGACUGAGAACGUAUCUGUAGAGGAGGAUGAACCGGAUAGCGACGAUCCCUUCGGAGUUCCCACUUCUCCGGAAAAAGAUGACGAUAGCGAGGAUUAUGUCGAGGAAUCGGACAUUGAGGUUAGAGCAGGUCGCAGAAAGAAAAGAAAGCUCAGCAAAAAGGGAGGGUCAAGAGGAAGAUCGCGUAAGGCGCGCGGUGAUAGUGAUGAUGAAGAAUUUAGGGAUGAUGGAGAUGAUGACGACGAAGAAGAUGAUUUUACGCUUUCCGAUGAUGACUUCAUUGAGAGGAAAAAAAGGGAAAACUUUAUAGUUGAAGAUGAGAAUGAGUGGGAUGACGAAGAGGAGGAAUACGGGACUAAACCAAAAAAGAAAAGAGGCCGUCCUAGGAAACAGAGCAGAUCAGUAUCAGCUGAACCGCGAAGGGCCACAAGAUCUGGUAAAGUGUUGCAAGAAGAGGGAGAGUUUGCACUAACCGGCGAUGAUACUCGUGACGAUGGGCAAGAUGAUGUAGAUGAUAUACAGAGGGAGAUUGCUGAACUUUAUGACUCGUCUCCAAUGCGGGACUCGGAACCAUCGCAGCAUAAGUUGAGACAAAGAGCCAAAGUCGACUACACCAUUCCUCCUCCGAUAACGAAUGAUUUGAUGCUUGAAAGGCCGUCAACACCAGUGAAUGUGAGGAAUAGACGAGGAAGACCAACGAAUAAGAGUGAGUUUCGGAAAAUCUUGUACCCUACUGCUGGUCCAUUUGGUGGAAGCGAUGUCAUAUCUUUAUUUGGUACAAACAUACCACCUGGUGGAAUACCAAUGCCCGGUAUGACUGAUCCGAAUAAUCUCACUGCAAUUGGCCAAAAUGUCAGCGACUCUGAUAGCUCUGAGGACGACAUUGCUCCAAUAAACGGUGAAGCGACCAUCAGUCGUAAAGAAAAGAAACCUUCCAGAUCGGAAGGUAAGUUACUAACUGGCGGCUCGGAUGAUAAAAAGAAAGUAAAGAAUAGUUUGAGCGAUACUGAUCCUCUUGGAGUGGAUAUGAAUAUCGAUUUUUCGGUAGUUGGUGGGUUGGAUAACUAUAUCAAUCAGCUAAAAGAAAUGGUGGCUUUGCCUCUACUUUAUCCUGAGUUGUAUCAAAAUUUUGGAAUUACUCCCCCCAGAGGUGUGUUAUUUCACGGGCCACCAGGAACAGGUAAGACUUUGAUGGCAAGAGCGUUGGCAGCAAACUGCUCUACACCGGAGCGCAAGAUUACGUUUUUUAUGAGAAAAGGUGCUGACUGUUUGAGUAAGUGGGUCGGAGAAGCUGAGAGACAAUUGAGGUUGUUGUUUGAAGAGGCCAAGAACCAACAACCGUCCAUCAUCUUUUUUGAUGAAAUUGAUGGUUUAGCUCCUGUGAGAUCGUCCAAACAGGAACAAAUCCACGCUAGUAUCGUGUCGACUUUGUUAGCGUUGAUGGAUGGUAUGGACAACAGAGGACAGGUGAUUGUUAUUGGCGCAACCAAUAGACCAGAUGCAAUUGACCCAGCACUACGAAGACCAGGGAGAUUCGAUCGUGAAUUUUAUUUCCCUUUACCUGAUAUCAAUGCAAGAAAGGAGAUUUUGACUAUCCACACACGCAAAUGGAGCCCGAAAUUGGAUGAUUCCUUUUUGGAUAAUCUUGCCGAGCUCACCAAAGGGUACGGAGGUGCCGACUUACGUGCAUUGUGUACAGAAGCUGCAUUGAACAGUAUUCAAAGGAAGUACCCUCAAAUAUAUGAGACUAAUCACAAAUUGGCAGUCAAGCCUGAAAAAGUUAAAGUCAUAGCUAAGGAUUUCAUGAUGGCCCUUGAUAAGAUUGUUCCGUCAAGUGCGCGUUCAACCUCGUCCGGGUCUUCUCCAUUACCUGACAACUUGAGACCAUUGCUAACGGACAGCUUUGAGCAAAUAAAAUCAAAAUUAAAGGAUUUAAUACCCGUGUCGGUGAGUGUUGCUGGGCGCAAGAAACUAACCACUUUGGAAGAGGCCAAGUAUCUCGAUCCCACUGUGCAUGACAAGGAUGGAGGGUUUGGCAAGCAACAGUUGUUGAAGAAUUUGGAAAACGCGAGAAUCUGCAGACCACACUUGUUAGUCAGUGGUGAAGAAGGGAAUGGGCAACAGUAUUUGAGUGCAGCUGUACUCAAUUACUUGGAAGGGUUUCAAGUCCAGUCUCUAGAUCUUGGAACAAUGUUUGGCGAUUCCACGAGGACAACAGAACUGGCCAUCAUACAAGCAUUUAUUGAAGCUCGCAGACACCAGCCUGCUAUAAUAUUGAUUCCCAACAUUGAUGUAUGGUAUCUGAUUCUCCCAGACUCCUCAAAGGCAACAUUGUCGAGUCUUUUGAGAGGAUUGCGCAGCAAUGAGAAGAUAUUGUUGCUAGGUUUUUCCGAAACACCAUUGUAUCAUUUGGAUGACAGAAUCAAGUAUCUAUUUGGGUUGGAGAAUUCAUCAAACAAUGUCGUAUUGCAAAACCCAACAAAGCUGGCAAGAAAAGAGUUUUUCCUGACGGUUUGGAAGACUAUUUUGAUGAAGCCGUAUGAGUUUGUUAAUGAUUUACAAAAUAGACCCAAGAGGAAAUUGAAGCAAUUGAAAAUUGUCGAAACUGUGUCCAAUUUGUCCGAUCAAGAAUUCAUCAAGAGGAAACAAAAGGAGCAAGAGUAUAAUGAUACUAAAUUGAAGAACACCUUAAAGAUUAAACUAGCAAGUUUGAUGGAUUUGUUUAAGGUGAGGUACAAGAGAUUCAAAAAACCAAUUGUUGAUGAAAACUUGCUUUAUCACUUAUUUGACCCAUCAGUUUUGGAAAACCCACUCAACAAUUAUCAAGUGUUGUACACUAGAUCUGGUGAUCCAGGACACGAGAAUAUGAUCACGGAGGUUGCAACAGGAAAGAAUUACUACAACAUGGAUCUUGAUACUAUAGAGGAGCGAUUGUGGAAUGGGUUUUAUAGCGAACCAAAACAGUUUCUCAAGGACCUCAAAUUGAUUUUGAAGGAUUGCAUUACUUCUGGUGACCGGGAACGGAUUUUGAAGGCGAAUGAAAUGAUUACGAAUGCACAGUUUGGAAUAGAUGAUAUCUCAACGCCGGAAUUUUUGAAGGCUUGUAAGGAAAUGAGAGAGAGGGAUAAGGCAAAGCAAGAGAAGGUGUUGAAGGAGUAUGAAGCUAUCAAGUCAAAGUUUGAAAAUGGAACCACAAAUCAAGUUGUGAAUGACACUGCAUUGGUUAAUGAUGGGGGUGUGGCAGAGGAGACGGUCCAGGAUUCUGACUUGAAAACUCUUCGCAAUGGGGAUGUUCCUCAUGAGGAAACUGAGAAUGUGACUGUUCCUAUGGAAGUGGAUGUCAAACAUGUCGAGACCAAAGAGACACCAACCAGAGCUGAGAACUCAAGCACUGGUCAACAACAAGGAGGAGACCAAAGAGAUUCGAAGUUGGAAGUUGAACCGGUCAACCCUGAAUCCAAAGAGGAAAAAAAGGGGAAAGAGGUAGUUGAAGAGGAAUCAGAGUCAGAAGCAGAAGAUUUGAUUGAGAUUGACCACUCAAAGGAGUUGAUACUCAACAAGGACUUGUUUGACAAACUCAAGAAACAAGUGGUUAAGCUCACGGACCAGUAUACUGUUGAUAAAUUGGAGAUGGUGAUGGCCCGGUUGAUGGAUGUCGUAUGGACCGAUCGAAACGAGUGGGAUAAAACCUCGACUUUGGAAAACAUUGAAAAGGUGGUUACCUCAUUGCAACCUGCACCUUGA